CCCCCGCUGGCGCGCCCUGGUUCUGUGAGGAACCUCGCAGAGGCGUCGCAGGCGCCCAGCCAGUCAGUUUGUGCUUGGUCGCCAGAGGAGGCGGUGGCUGAGGAGAGCCGAGUCCACCGCUGACCCUGUUGUACGGUAGGAGGCACGGCUAGCUCUAAAUGGGCAAUUUGUUUAGUAAAUUUAGACCCGGGUGUCGCCGCCGGCCUGUACCAGGGCCAGGGCGUGGCGCCCCCGCUCCCCUGGCCCGGGACGCCUCCCAGCCCGGCCGGGUUCACCCCGCAGCCACCCCCCGCCCUUUCCGCGGCUUGUUCCGCCGGAAUGCCCGUCGCAGGCCUUCGCCAGGCGGCAUCUUCGUCGCCCCUAAGAGGCCGUGUCCUCUCCCGCGGGCUGCGGCCGCCCCUCUGGGGGUCCUGCCGGCUGUGGGCUGGGGGCUGGCCACGAGGAAGACACCCGUGCUGCCUACUCGGAACCCCCCGAGGUUUGGACACCCCGGCUCCGUGAGGAUCCCUCCUCCCAGCCGCGCGUUCACCCUCCGGCUGCCUUCACCAAGUGAGCCGCCUGCGGUCACGGCCAGGAGGCCCAUCCCAGCCACUCUCCCGGAGGAGACCGAGGUGCGGGCCCAAGAAGGGCCCAGAAGGGCAAAGACGGGUGAGGAUCCGGUGCAGAUCAAAGGGGAGGAUGACGAGAAAAGGGCCCCCCUUAGCAGCGGAGAAGCAUCGUCCACAUCCAGGUCCCAGGGCACCCAGGAAGACCUCGCCUCCUUCAUCUGCAGCCCUGGGCCUCUGGAGGGAAAUGUCCACCACAGGUUCUCAGAAAACAGCGUGAGUGAGAAGGCCCAGGCGUCUCCAGCGAGCUCCUGCUUGGAAGGCCCUGCCACGCCCAGCACACACAGCGAGGCCGGAUGUGCCUGGCAUCUUGGAAAGCCUGAUCCGGAUGCAGCAGCGCCCCCUGAGCCAGUCGCGGGCUGCUCACUGCUGCCGCAGAAGUUGGCCGGGGAAGUGCCGAAUGAAGAGCCACCGCCCAGCUCUCUAGGCUGGCCGAGUCUGCUGAUGUCCGGAACGAGGAUGCCUGAUGGGAAGCCUUUCGGUAUUCCUCCAAGGAGCGCUGCUCCUCCCAGAGCUGCCCGCAACAGGCCCUGCAAAAGGAAAAUGUCGAUUCCACUGCUGCUGCCGCUGCCCCCUUCACUGCCAUUGCUGUGGGAUCGAGGUGAGCUUCCCCCACCUGCUAAGCUCCCCUGCCUGUCUGUCGAGGGAGCCCUACACACCUUAGAGAAGAGCCCUGAGUAUAAAAGGAAUAGCAGAAUCUUGGAGGAUAAAACAGAGACCAUGACAAACAGCAGCUUCACCCAACCUGCCCCUUCUUUCUCCCCACCUGUGGAGACUACAGACUCCCUGCCCCUUGCCACUUACACUGACACUUCACAGGUCCCAGCUCCUUUGCCCAUCCCUGACUUGGCUGACCUGGCUACUGGACCCCUCAUUCUGCCUGUCCCUCCACUUUCCACCACACCAAAAAUGGAUGAGAGAAUAGCAUUCACAAUCCCUAACUCUCCUCGGGCUCUUCCUGCUGACCUUGUUCCUCUUUUGAGGGAUCAAUCUAAUGAGAAAGGAGGCUCUUGUCAUUCAGUCGUAGGAGCAGCGCCUCCCACUUCUGACCCCCCAACACCUCCUAGCCUCACACCCUUCUUCAAGCCUCCUGUCAGAAGGGAGUCCCCAAUAUCUAUGCAUGUGGAUUCCCCUCCUCCUCUUUCCUUCCUGACUCUUCUUCCAGUCCCUUCCACCAGGACCUCAGUUAUCACCAGCAAGCCUAUGAAUUCCACAUCAGUCAUUUCCACUAUCACAACAAAUACAUCUGGCCACCUAACCUCACAGACUACGGUAGACCCUGAAGUAGUUAACAUGGAUACUACUGCCCCUUCUCAGGUUGUUAUUUUCACAUCUUCCCUAAGCUCCAGGGUGAGCUCACUCCCAAAUUCCCAAAUACACUGCAGUGCAGAGCAGAGGCACACAGGAAAGACAUCAGUCUACACAUCUCCACUUCCAUUUAUAUUCCACAAUACCACCCCAAAUUUUAACCAAUUCUUUGGAAAAGAAGCCACCCCUCAGCCCAAAUCUGGGGCUCCUGAUGGGCAGCAGCAGAAAGCUUCUCUCCCCGGUGCCUGUGUUUUUCUGAGCCUUCCCAUCAUUGCUCCUCCAGUCACCUCCACUUUAGUGAACAGUGCCUCUACAGCAUCAUCAUCCAAGCCUCCCAUUGAAACCAAUGCUAUGAAUACCACUCCUCCCUCCAAGGCUGUCAUCUUGCAGUCUGCCUCUGUCUCCAAGAAGUACCUCCCAUUUUACCUGGGGCUUCCUGGUUCUGGGAACACACGACCCAGUAGCAACAUUGCCUCAGUCCAAGCUUCCACCAUUUUGCCUGCACAGUCAGUCAGGGGAACAACUCCAACUUCCAACUAUGCUUUAAAUCCAGGAGCCACCGCUCAGCCCAAAUUUGGGGCCCCUGAUGGGCUACAGCAGAAAACCUCUCUCCCCAGUGCCCAUGAUUUUCUGAGCCUUCCUAUCAUGGUUCCUCCAGACACCUCCACUUUAGUGAGCAAUGCCUCUGCAGCAUCAUUAGCCAAGCCUGCCAUUGACGCCAGUGCUAUGAAUACCACCCCUCCUUCCAAAACUGUCAUCUUGCAGUCUACCUUUGUCUCCAGGAAGGAGUACAUCCGAUUUUAUGUGGGGCUUCCUGGUUCUGGGAACAUACAACACAGUGACAACAUUGCUUCAGCCCAAGUCUCCACCAGUUUUCCUGCACAGGCAGGCAGGAAACCAGUCACAACUUCCAGCCAUCCUUUAAAUACAGAAUCUAUCUCUCAUUCCACACUUGGGGCCACUGAUGGGCAGCAGAAGUCUGACAGUUCUUUUAUUCUGGGGAAUCCAGCAACCCCAGCACCAGCUAUAGGCUUACCAUCUCCCUCAGCCCAGCCACUGAGUGGCAGCAUAAUUCCACCAGGUUUUGCAGAGUUAACAUCACCAUAUUCUGCAUUGGGCACACCUAUUAAUGCCGAGCCUGCCAAGAGUCACAACGCAAGUGCUUUCCCCAAUGGCACAGCAAAGACUUCUGGAUUUAGAGUUGCCACUGGGAUGCCUGGCACUGGAGACAGCACCUCACUGGUUGGAAAUACUAUUCUAGGCCCACAAGUGAUUAUGGGACCUGGAACCCCUGUGGAUGGUGGGAGCAUUGGAUUCACCAUGUCUGCCCCAGGCCCCAGUUCCACAUCAGGAGAACUCAGCACUGGACAAGAACAGAGUGGGACACCCAGCACCACUUCUGUUUUCCCAUUUGGUCGAGUAGCCUGGGACCCAACUGGCCACAGCAUGGCUGCUGCACCACAAGGGGCUAAUAACAUUCCUGUAUUUGGAUUUACUUCUGCUGCCACCUACAUUCCUGGUUUGGACCCACCUACCCAGAAUUCAGGCAGCGGUAUGGGAGGGGAUGGCACCAAACCCAUGGUUGGAGGCCCUUGUGUUCCUGCUUUUCAACAGUGCAUCCUGCAGCACACAUGGACAGAGAAAAAAUUCUACACUUCAAGCACCCACCACUAUGAACAAGAAACAUACGUUAGGAGACAUGUCUGUUUCCAACUUCCAUAAAAGCACCUGUGGUUCACCUGACCACACCACAUCAGUUGUGGUUGUAAACACCAGCAUUAUCCCUUUGUAUGGUCAUGCUUCCAGUUUCACCUUCAUGCCAAGUGCCUGCCACAUACCUCUCCAGAACUCAGGUUGUGCACCAGGAGGCGACGACAACAUCCCUGUGGUUGGAGGCCCUUGUGCUCCCUUUCUCCAUCAGUAAAUGUGGGGCCCACCCGGACAAAACACAGGUGGUACAUCUGCAGUGAAUGCCAACAUAUCUUUAAUUGGAGGUCCUUGUGUAUCCACCUACCAACAAAGUACCUAGGGCCCAUCUGGACAAAACACACAGAUAUACAUCUUCCAGGAGUGCCAACAUUCAUUUAAUGGGAGGCCCUCAUGUGCGCAUGUAUCAGGAAAUCACCUGGGGCCCACCUGGACAAAGCACAAACCAUGCCAUGAGGGGCAGCAACACAAUGGCUGUGACUGGUUGUGCUUUUGGUCUCCCAUUCACACAAAGCAUCUGAGGCCCACCUUGCUAAAUGCAGGUGGUGCAAUAGGAGAUAACCCCAGACAUUCAUAGGGAGAAACCUUUAGUCUCCAUUUCAGUAAAAUACUAUGCACCUGCCCAAGGUGCUCCUUUUGACUUUAGAGGAACCAGCAUUGUUUUUGUUUUGUUGUUUGUUUGUUUGUUUGUUUGUUUUUGAGACAGAGGCUUCCCCCAGGCUGGAGUGAGCACCUGAGGCCCACCUUGCUAAAUGCAGGUGGUGCAAUAGGAGAUAACCCCAGACAUUCAUAGGGAGAAACCUUUAGUCUCCCUUUCAGUAAAAUACUAUGCACCUGCCCAAGGUGCUCCUUUUGACUUUAGAGGAACCAGCAUUGUUUUUGUUUUGUUGUUUGUUUGUUUGUUUGUUUUUGAGACAGAGGCUUCCCCCAGACUGGAGUGAGCACCUGAGGCCCACCUUGCUAAAUGCAGGUGGUGCAUAGGAGAUAACCCCAGACAUUCCUAGGGAGAAACCUUUAGUCUCCCUUUCAGUAAAAUACUAUGCACCUGCCCAAGGUGCUCCUUUUGACUUUAGAGGAACCAGCAUUGUUUUUGUUUUGUUUGUUUGUUUGUUUGUUUGUUUUUGAGACAGAGGCUUCCCCCAGG